AUGGGCAUCCCCCUCUCAACCCAACCGCCCUCCAUCUCUGGCCGCGACGCGUGCCUCAUUCCCGUCGGCGAAAACUGGUCCGCUCUCGUCCCAAAGGACCAGCUCAUACCGACUUGCGGUGCCAUGUGUGAUGGCCCGCCUCCUCGAAGAGGAGAAGAUUACUACGAGCGGUGGAAGAGGGAGCGAUACAUACCGCCCGGAGGUGGGUAUGGUGGGGGCAGCCUGGGAUUAAGGGGCGGUGGUGGCCCAGGAGGAGGAGGAGGAGGAGGUGGUGGUGGUGGGUAUGACAGCCGUCAUGGUGGAGAGUGGAGGCAUGGAAGUCCUCACGGUUAUGAGAGUCCCAGGGAAGACGGAUGGCGUCGAGGUCGUUCUAGAGGAGGCGCAGGCGGUUAUGAGAGUCCACGAGGCCGCUAUGACGGCGACUGGAGGCAGGAAGAGGCAAGACAGAGGAAGAAUGACUGCGCCGAGCACGGCUUCGCGUGCCGCAAGUGCAGCAAAGGCUGCAUCUGCAAGAAACCGGGCACCAAGUUCAUGGGCACGAUGAAUGGCGAGGAGUUUGAAGGUCUCAUGAAGAUAGAGGACGAGGAAUCGGACGAUGGUCGGGAAAAGACGGGCAAGGAUAAGAAGAAGAAGAAAGCUCGCUCUGCAACUGAGGAGCUGCUGAAGAAGAUGGAGCGCACAAACCAGGACAUGAACAUGCGGCAACAGAUGAUGGAGGAUUACCUGAGACAGCAGCGACUUGCAGAUCCUCCAAUUCGCUCUCCCUACCCCCGCCGCGGCAUCAAAGGAGGUUUUGGUGGUGGUGGUGGUGACGCAGGCUGGGCUGCCGGGCCUUCUCCUUGGGAUGAGGAAGAGGACGAUGAGGUAGGAGAGUUUGCUCAAGGCCUGCCACCAGCUCUAGGCGCCGGCCCGAUGCCACGUCCAACUCGCUUCGGCAGAGGCGGCAGAGGCGGAGCCAUGGCGCUGCGUGGAGGAGGUUUGAAUAGACCACCGCCUCAACGAGCAGCAGCAGGAGCAGCUCGAUUCGGACGCAGUGCGAAGGAGCCGGACUGGGACACGUUCAACCAAGGAGGUGCCGGCAUGCUGAAAGACUUCAACGGCGACCCCGUCACCUUCACGUACCAGCCGCGGCACGACGAUGAUGCUGAGAUAGGUGGUCCCCUUGAUCCAGGACCUGGCCCGAGGUUCGGAAGCGAGGCCGGGGGUUUCAAAGGCUGGGGUGGUGGAGGGGCGUUCGGGCCUGGAGCUGAUAUUCCGGCCCCUGGAGGUGGCCGUUCAGGUCCGGCUAGUCCUAGGACAGGCACACGAGGUGGAAGGAGAGGGCUUGGUUUGUCACCGCCACCUGGUGCAAAGUCACCAAGCAAGAGAAAACCGUUUAAGGAAAGUGUUGAUGAUGACGAACAAGGUGGACGGGCUGGGCUAUAA